AUGAAGUUGAUGUUCCCUGGCCUACCCAAUAGGCUCGAGUACAUUGCAGAGUUUUGUCUGGCUUCGCUGGUCUAUCAUUCCUCUUUCCUGAAGGCUACGCUUUCUCCACAGCACCAUUUAUUUGAGACGCCGCUUUUCCAAGACGAAGAGCUGCUAUUAAAUCUCACAACCAGAAUUAGAACGGGUGAUGGUUGCGCUGCGGCGCGUAUACGACCGACUGGGGUACCACCUCACGUGGCUAUACUCUCUACCCGGCUUGAUACUGUUCAAGAUAUUUUAUCCGAGCUCGAGAAGCGAGCUAUAGGUGCUGGAACGGCUACUUACGACGGUCUUCAUGAUGCUAUAAGAGCGUGCAACGAGGGUCAGCUUUGCCACUACUGGAGUGGAAAGUUUCGGCGUGUACCCGCAGAUUUUACCAUCCCUGAUUGCUCCGUACGUCACGUGUGGGUGCUGUGGAUGUGUGGUAACAACCAGCUUCGGUUUGUGAUGCUCAAGAUUGAGAAAGAUGCAACAUCUAAAGAGCUGUUUCCUUCGUCGCUCUGGGCGACAGUAGGAAAACUGUUGAGGAAGAAAGCAAAAACAACAAGUAGUUAG